AUGUAUUUCCUGCAGGAGUUCUUCUCCGAGCUCCUUCGACUCUCGCGCUAUGGCAGGUCACGCCUCCCCUUCGAGAUGGGCAUGGCGGCCAACGGCCGCAUGAACACGGCCGGGGGUUCCUUUAUUCUACUCGGAGCCAAGUUCCCCCGGGACGCAACCGUCGUCGCCAAAGUGCGCGUGCGCGAGAAGGGUGCCACCCCCCUCGGGGAGACCACCAUGAACUAG